AUGGCGGACAUAAGUAAAGAUGAGCUACGCAAAGAAAUCACCGCUAUUCUUAAGGAUGCUGAUUUAACAGCCAUGUCUGCUAAGAAAGUGCGGCAACAAAUUGAAGAAAAAUUAGACAUUGACUUAUCUGAAAGGAAAAAGGAAGUUGACGAUUUGGUGAUGGAGCAUCUCCAAGAAAAACAAGACGGUGGCAAGAAGAAGAAGAAGGCAGCCAGCGAAGAGUCUGAGGGAGAGGAGGAGGAAGAAGAAGAAGAAGAGGAAGCCUCUGAAGAAGAGGAGGAAGAAAAAGAAAAGAAACCUGCUAAACGUGGUCCUCCCAAGAAGACUGCCACUAAACGCAAAGGAUCUUCUGAUGACGAAGAAAGUGGAAGCGAUGAUGACGCUAGUGACGAAGAAUACAGUCCUAAGAAAGUUGCUGCCAAAACAGCAAAGAAAGGAAAACCAGCAGCGAAGAAAGGAAAGAAGAAGGGUAGCGACAGUGACAGCGACGAAGACUGGGGUAAACAAAAAAAACCAGCCGCUGGUGCCAAAAAAGGAGGUGUUGGUAAAGGAAAAGGUUACACGAGAGCUAUUACUUUAUCUUCAGAAUUAGCGACUGUUGUUAAUGCUGAAAAAAUGGCACGCCAUGAAGUUGUUAAGAAAAUCUGGAGCAUCAUCAAAGAAAGAAAUCUUUAUGAUCAGAAGAAUAAGCAAUUUGCCAUUUGUGAUGACGAACUCUUCAAAGUAUUUGGUGUAAAACGUUUCAGAACCUUUGGUAUGAUGAAGUACCUUAAAAAUCAUUUCCUAGACUAA